AUGGACGCCACGGCCGCCGCUACUAAUGUCAAUGUUGUGGCCUCCUAUCUGAACAACAUUGAGCCGCUCAACGGUGCAAACUUUCAUGAGUGGAAGGGCAAGGUCAUCACAUGUUUGGCUUGGAAUGAUCUUGAUGUUGUUCUGAGGGAGGAUAAGCCUGCUGCGCCUGCUGCUGGAGCUAGUACAGCUCCAAAUGAGAAGUGGGACAGAUCUGAUCGCAUGGCUCUCAUGGUUAUGAUGCAGACCAUCAGUGCUGGCAUCAAGGGCGUCAUCCCCACUAAGAAUGCUCAGGGGGUUGAUCUGAAAGCUAAGGAGUACCUGGCCAAGAUUGAGGAGAACUUUAAGAGCUCAUCUAAGACUUAUGCUAGUACACUUAUCAUGAAGUUGGUGGGUUCUCAGUACAAUGGUCAGUCUGGCAUAAGGGAGCACAUCCUCAAUAUGUGUGAUAUGGCUAACAGGCUUAAGGAAAUGCAGAUGGAGAUCUCUGAGGGUUUUCUUGUGCAUUUCAUCAUGACAUCACUGCCUCCACAGUAUGCUACUUUUAAGAUUAAUUACAACACCAACAAGACUGUUUGGUCUAUCAGCACUCCUAAGAAUCAGCAUGAGUCAGGUAGCAGUAAGCAAGGCCAAAGAAAAUAUAAGAAGACUGGGAACAAGAACUUUGGGCCCAAGAACAACAACAACAAGUUCAAGCGUCAUCAGACCAAGGGCGGCAAGAUGUUGUGCUCUUUCUGUGACUCGCCCAAGCAUCUUUAG